CUCUAAAAAAACCAAGACGACGGGAAAGUUGAGAGAAUCGACAAGGUUCAGCGGUCCAGGAGAAGCUUUGCGGGCGGCGCCGGCUGACGACGCCGUAUCAGGUCAGAAUGGCGCCCCUACAUGUCCCUAUAUUUUUGCCGGCGGCGCUGGAUUUCUUGUACGGAUUAUAGCGGCAGUUCUGGUCUCGAGAUAUCAAGAGAUUAACCUCCAUUGGAGACCGCAAGGGUUAGUCCAGCUCGUGUCUCUUCAAGAUCUUGUGAGAAAGAGCAAAGAUCGGAGCUUUAGUUGGUGAUGAGGUUAUAAUCUCAGGGCCGGCGCCUGGCUUGUCAAAAUCAAUGCUUAAUUAGUUAAUUUUGUACCGCGCAGCGUUGGAUUAGCUCUUAAUACACACCCUUGGGAAUCCACCACAUUGCUAUUGGUUCUUUCUUUAAUCCUCAGUGCGUAUUCUGUAGUGACCUGUUGCUGUAUUGCCAUCUUGACACAUUGAAGCAGGAUACGGCUAGACUUUUCAGGGUUUCCAAUCUUUCUUCGAGGUUUCUGAAACACCGUUCAAGACUCUGCGCUCUUGUGAGAAAUACUGUGGAAAUGGAUGAUUAUACAGGGUACAAAGAAGGAGAUGACCAUGAGUUGGUGCUGCAGAAACAAGAAUGGGUGAAGACACAAGCCAUGCUCAGGAGUAAGCUCAUUCUUGAAGAUGAUUUCGACUGGAAUUUACCCUCGGUGGGCUCAAGUUCAGAUAGUGAUCAUGCAAGGGGCAAACUGAAGUAUGUAGGUGGGACUGACAUUAGCUUCUUGAAGGAAGAACCGUCCACAGCAUGCGCCGGAGUGGUAAUUCUGGAUACCGACACUUUAGAAGUAGUCCACGAAGAGUUUGAUGUUGUUCAUCUGCAAGUGCCAUAUAUUCCUGGUUUUCUUGCUUUCAGAGAGGCUCCGAUUCUUCUUGGACUCUUGGAUAGGGUGAAGACCAGUGCACAUCAUUCCUACCCUCAGUGCCUUUUCUAAGGUUUACCACUCUGCCCUGGCAGUUGCUCAUGGUUGAUGGAAAUGGAUUACUAAAUCCGCGAGGCACAACACAUUAAUCACUUGUUUAUACUGACAUUCUCAUUCACACUAAUAGUUUCAAGUAGAUAAUUUGUUGCAGAUAGCACAUUUUACUAGAUCAUGUCGGCAUGUCGCAUAUGUAGAAUUGUAUUGUAGAUUGUAAAAUAAUCUAUGCUGCAUGUUAUCAUAUUAUUGGGUUUUACACGAAUCUUUUCAUCACAGUAAGAUGAUUCAUGCGCUUACAAAACGCUGCACAAUCGCAUCCGCUAUGUGAUCCUAUAUUCUAUUUUGAGAACAAACUGCAUUCAUAGCCAUGUGAACCCUUAGAUAAAUGACUUGUGUUAUGACUUAUUAUGAAGCAUCUUGUUUGAUUGUGCGUAUAAGGCUACAAGCUACAAGCUACACUAAUCUAAAAUCAAUAUUAUCUAUGCUUAUUUUCUUUAUAUGAAUGGGGGCAACCUCUGGAUUAUUGUUCUGCAGGUUUUGGUCUAGCUUGUCAUCUUGGCGUCCUUGCAGACCUUCCAACCAUUGGAGUUGGAAAAAAUGUUGGUUAGGAUACUGUUGUUGCAACUUGCAAGUAUACAUGUAGAUUUUCAAGUCACUCUCACUGCUGCAUUGUAGUUUUCCUCUUAAUUCAAGCUGCAUCAUGUAUCUUGCUGUACAGAUAAUUCUAAAUCUCAAUGUGUUCAUUGUCCCAGCUGCAUCAUGUAGAUGGCCUUAACCAAUCAGAAGUCAGAAGACAGCUUGAAGCAAAAGAGAACUGCAAUAAGGAACUAAUUUCAUUGACUGGACAGUCUGGGACAACAUGGGGCGUGGAAAAGAUUUUUAUAUACUAGCCUACCCCAACUUGCUCGGGACAAAGGCUUUGUUGUUGUUGUAAUCAAAUGUAUGCUAUUCUGUAGUUAAGCCAGUGGAACUGAACUGAGUUUGUCUUAGGCGAUGCGUUCCUGCCCUGGUUCGUCGAAGCCAAUCUACAUCUCAGUUGGACAUCGAAUUCGCUUGACUCGAAUUUCGCCCACACCGCAGGCUGAUACAAGAUCAAAGGUGUUCCUGCAGAAGCUCCAUAGAACACGGCAAUAACAAGACUUGACGUGGCAAACGGCUGAACCAUAGCAUUAGGAGCCUGCUCGUAUUGCUAGCUGAGUUGCAUUUUCAGAAACAAAUGUGUUUGUCACUGCAGCAUGAAACAAUUUUUGUACAGCUUUCUCUAACAGUAUGAAACACGUCUAACAUGGU